AUGUUUCCCACCCGUGCCCUCCUGGGGCGUUCCGUCUGGAAAGGCCCAAACAUUGUCCCUCUCCCUCUUCCCCGGAAACUCCCUCCUCCGCCGAACACUCCUCCGAUCAAGACCCAGAAGCGCGGAGCAACAAUCCUCCCUAACUUCGUGGGCUUGCGGUUUUCAGUGCACAAUGGGAAGAAUUACCAGGAUGUCUUGAUCACUGAGGAGAUGGUCGGACGGAAGCUUGGUGAAUAUGUUGCGACCCGGAAGAGGUUUACGUAUAAACAGUCGAAGAACAAAUAG